GCAGUGGGAUGCAUCCUGCUUUUUUCUGUGAGUUCCUCUCUGUGGCUUGGAUUUAUCACAGUAGCAUUUGUCUUCAAUUUGUGUGUUAACUAGAAACCAAGCAAAGACAUGAGGAGAUUUGUUUACUGCAAGGUGGUGCUGGCCACUUCACUUCUGUGGGUUCUUGUCGAUGUCUUCCUGCUCCUGUACUUCAGUGAAUGUAACAAGUGUGAUGACAAGAAGGAGCGGUCACUGCUGCCAGCACUGAGGGCUGUUAUUUCAAGAAACCAAGAAGGGCCAGGAGAAAUGGGAAAGGCUGUGCUGAUUCCUAAAGAUGAUCAAGAGAAAAUGAAAGAAUUGUUUAAAAUCAAUCAAUUUAAUCUUAUGGCCAGUGAUCUGAUUGCCCUUAACAGAAGUCUGCCAGAUGUAAGAUUGGAAGGAUGCAAGACAAAAGUCUACCCUGAUGAACUUCCAAACACAAGUGUAGUCAUUGUAUUUCACAAUGAAGCAUGGAGUACUCUCCUUAGAACCGUUUAUAGUGUUAUAAAUCGUUCCCCACACUACCUGCUCUCUGAGGUCAUCUUGGUAGAUGAUGCCAGUGAAAGAGAUUUUCUCAAGUUGACCCUAGAGAAUUACGUGAAAAAUUUAGAAGUUCCUGUCAAAAUUAUCAGAAUGGAAGAGCGCUCAGGGUUAAUACGUGCCCGGCUUCGAGGAGCAGCUGCUUCAAAAGGGCAGGUCGUAACUUUUCUGGAUGCACACUGCGAAUGCACUUUAGGAUGGCUGGAGCCUUUGCUGGCGAGAAUAAAGGAAGACAGGAAAACAGUUGUAUGCCCUAUCAUUGAUGUGAUUAGCGAUGAUACCUUUGAAUAUAUGGCUGGGUCAGAUAUGACUUAUGGGGGUUUUAACUGGAAGCUGAAUUUCCGCUGGUAUCCUGUUCCCCAAAGAGAAAUGGAUAGGAGGAAAGGAGACAGAACAUUACCUGUCAGGACCCCUACUAUGGCUGGUGGCCUAUUUUCUAUUGACAGAAACUACUUUGAAGAGAUAGGAACUUACGAUGCAGGAAUGGAUAUCUGGGGUGGAGAGAAUCUUGAAAUGUCUUUUAGGAUUUGGCAGUGUGGAGGCUCUUUGGAAAUUGUGACUUGUUCCCACGUGGGUCAUGUUUUUCGGAAGGCAACCCCAUACACUUUCCCUGGUGGCACUGGUCACGUCAUCAAUAAGAACAACCGCAGACUGGCAGAAGUUUGGAUGGAUGAAUUUAAGGACUUCUUCUACAUCAUAUCCCCAGGUGUUGUCAAAGUGGAUUAUGGAGAUGUGUCAGUCAGAAAAACACUAAGAGAAAAUCUGAAGUGUAAGCCCUUUUCUUGGUACCUAGAAAACAUCUAUCCAGACUCCCAGAUCCCGAGACGUUAUUACUCACUUGGUGAGAUAAGAAAUGUUGAAACCAAUCAAUGUUUAGACAACAUGGGCCGGAAGGAAAAUGAAAAAGUGGGUAUAUUCAAUUGUCAUGGCAUGGGAGGAAACCAGGUGUUUUCUUAUACGGCUGACAAAGAAAUCAGAACUGAUGACUUGUGCUUGGAUGUGUCCAGACUCAACGGACCUGUAAUCAUGCUAAAAUGUCACCACAUGAGAGGCAACCAGCUGUGGGAGUAUGAUGCUGAGAGACUCACCUUGAGGCAUGUGAACAGUAACCAGUGUCUUGAUGAACCCUCUGAAGAAGACAAAAUGGUGCCCACCAUGCAGGACUGCAGUGGGAGCAGAUCCCAACAGUGGCUGCUGAGGAACAUGACCCUGGGUGCAUGAGGACCCUUGGCCCCAACCCAUGAGUGUCUGCGCUUUUAUUUUUCCAUUAUUUCCAUAAGGAGAAAAUAUUAACUUUGCUGAAUUGAAAGUUUUAAAAUUCCUUUUAGUAUUCUAAAACCCAGUUGUUUGUAAUUCAUUUAUAGAAAUGUUUGAUUAUUUCCCUACUAAAAUUUGUAUCUGAUUCAAGAAGCACAUUAAAAAACAUGAAUAAUAACAAAUUGUUACUAAACAUUGGAAUAACUUGGGAAACAAAUUAUUUGCUUUGGACAGUUUUUAUUGCCCUGUCACAGGGUUAGUUGUGUGGAGGUUUUUUUCUUUUUUGAUUGUCACAGUGAUUGAAAAGAAAUAAUGUAAAUGCCUUAUGAAAUACCUUCAUUAUGAGAUAUCAUUCACUUUAGAAGUCACUCUACUGGAACUUGAUGGAAACAUGUUGAAUUUCAAUGUCAACAACAGGACUACAUAUUAAAUUAUGAGCAUUGAACUCAUUGUACAAAAUGUUAGUUUCCAAAUUUUUUACCAGGAAAAAAAAUGGAUAGUGAAUUCCUAGAGUCCUUACAAAAAGCAUCAUGUUUAAACAAGGAAAGAAAAGUCAAAAUUCUAUUUAAAUAGGAAAAAAUUAUAUAUGUGUGGAAGGUAACAGGUUGAAGCAAAAUCAAAAUAAGUAUUAUAAGAGAUAGUGUAGCUGUAUUACUGUCAUUCUUGAGACAAGGUAAACACAAUCCUGCUGCCAGAGUUGAAAUCACAGACUCAGCCUUCUCUUCUUUCCAUAAACCAUGCCAUCUUUCGUCUACUUGUUCUAAACACCAUGGAUUGUUACCAAUACUGUAUGGAACAGAGGUAAGGGUAAACGUUUAGCCUAAUGUUCAAUCCUUUUGCACUUAAAGAUUAUAGCUAAUUCAUUGUUUCCAUGUUAAUUUUGUAUUAAAUAUAUUGCAAUCAGAUUAUCAUUGCUAUGCUAUAAUGUCAUUCUAUAAUUUUAUCACUAAGUAAAUAUGUAUUCUAACUAAACCGCUAAAUAUUAUUUGCCAUAAGUUAUGGCCCAAAGAAUGCAGGUAUGACUAGGCUAUUUUUACAUGUUCUUUCCAUCUGAAAUGCUUAGUGUUCAAAUUACAUGAGCAGUUAGUAUGAAAAUCUAUAAAUGAGAUUUUACUUAUUUUUUGUAUUUGACACCAUAAAUGCCCAUAAAAAUGGAUCUACUUAUGAGUUUUCAUUAUAGAUGUAUACACAAUAGCCAGAGAAACUGGAAAUGUGUAACAACAUGGAAAAAUAUGUCUUCUGAAGCAAAAAAAAAAAAUAUGUUCGUUGCCCCCACUUUUACUUGUAAAGCUCAUCUAUAUAGAAUGCAUUAAUCAACUCUGUCCCUGUCUGUGUCUCAGUCUUUCUCUCCCACUCUCUCUCACCCAGCAUACACACACACACACACACACACACACACACACACACACACACACACGGCCCUUUACAGUUAAGAGGACAUUUUCCAAAGUCUAAUCUAGAUUUUUCUCAGUUAGCUACCAUUUCAUUUCUUUAAAUUUAUAUUGAUACAACUCUAAAAAAGAAUUUUCCAACCUGAAAAAUUUCAGAUUUACUCCUGGAAAUGUAGACAUGCCCCAACUCCAAGGUCGCAGAAUUCUUAAAACUCCGAAACUGUUAUGUAAAGUUUUAAAGGUAGGAGCUUGUACUUUUCUGAAGAUAGACUCUGUAGCCUAUAGCAACCUUAGAAUGGAAGGUGAGAUUCCCAUGAGGUAGUGAAGCCUCGCCUUUAAUUGAUCAUGCCCUCUCAGGUUAGUGCAGGCUUCAUAACAAUGCUAUUUUCCUUUUUCUAUACUCUUUUUCUCCUCCACUUUCUUCUCAUUUUAUCUAAAAAAACAGUAAAAUAUUCAUAUGCUGUAUAAAAAGCUUAAGCUAUGUAGGAUUCUUUUAAAUAUUAGGUUCCACUUAUUUUUGUCAAUUGAAAUGCAUAUAUUAUCUAGAAAAUGGUGAAUGAUGAAUUUUCUAAAAUAUAGCUACUUCAUGGAAACUGAUUGGAUGUAUUUUACAGCAUUUUAGAUAAUUGAGUGUAUUUGUGGGCAUUGUGAAAAAUGUAACACUGCAGGAGUUUUAUGCCGGGAAAAAUUUUCAGAGAUGCUUCAACUGCUUAGAUACACGCCAUCAUAGGUCUAACAGAUUUUAAAAAUGAUAGAAAAUAUUAUAAAACACCCAAGCCCUGGAAUCAAUGAUAACCAUUGCAUUUUUUUUCAAAAAUUUUUCAGUACUGAGAAUGAAAAGCAUGGUGAAAUUCAUAGUGCGUUCAUCUUACGCACCACUUAUCUAUGGAGCUGGCCUGAGAAAUAUUUUAAAUUGUUUCACAGCAUCCUCUUCUGUGGUCCUUCUCAUCUGAGCUAAAGCAACUUCAGCCUUCCAGAUACUCAAGGGAGGUGAAAAAUCUGAAGUCACUUGUGGCCAUUCUCUGUCUCCAACUCUCUCUCUCUCUCUCUCUCUCUCUCUCUCUCUCUCUCUCUCUCUCUCAUAACUUCUUUCAAAUAUAGCCACAAGCUAGCUGUCUGCUGCCACAUCCACAGUGUCUUUACCUCUUUACUUGGAAAAUGUUUAUGCUUUGGUGACCAGCUUUUCCUCAGCCUUAUCUCUUUUUCUCAUGAUAACAGCCAUAGGAUUACAGCAAUUAUGACUUUCAUGGUGACAUUUCACAUGCACAGAACCUUCCAGUGGCUUUUGAUUUGCCUUCAAUGUUAUUGGAAGUCCUUUGUGAUGUCACCCCUCACCGUGCACUUUCCCCUCUCCAUUCUAUACACACACACAUACACACACACACACACACACACACACACACACACACACACACACACAGAGAGCUCACUGCACUUCCUAUCUCUUACCAGUCCACACUUUAACUUGACUCCCAAGCAGGUUUCUGUCUGAACCUGUGGCUCCCUCUGCCCCACAGACCUCUCUCACUCACUGUCUUUGGUUUUAUGCAAACUGUCUCCACAGUCAGGCAAAUCAUUGUUCCUUGUUGUCCUGGUCUCCUGAGCUUCUGACAAACUAUACUUUUGCUUCUUCAUCACAGCAUGUACUUCCACCUCCAUGAGGCCCAUGAACCGAUCAUAUACUCUAGAUCUAUUAUUUUUAUUUUUAUGGUUAUUGCAUUUUUCUUUUGUUUAACAUCCCUGGAGGAUGAAACCCAGUGCUUCAGGCAUGCUGACUAACUGCUCUACCAUUGAACUGUACCUGCUGCCCUAUAAAUCUUUUCUAAAGCCAGGGUCUCUGUCAGUUUGAUUUACUGGGUAUGCUCAACAUCUAGUAUAGUUUUGGGCAUAUCGAAAGUAUUCUUUAAAGAUUUCUUGAAUUAGUUAAUUGAAAAGUGUGUGUUAAAGUUGCUAAGUGCUACGGUAUUGUAUUUUUUUUGUAUUUUCAAUUUUAGAGUCCAGUAAUAUAUUUAUGUAGAAUUUGCAUAACUUGUCUCCAAAUGAUAAUUUUCUUCCUAACAUCCUUCAUAUUAAAAUAUGAACUAUAUAUUAUUUUAUAUUGUAAAAUAACUUGCCUUAUUAAAAUGAAAUAUGACAUUUUAUGAAAAUGCUGCUACCUUAUAUAAGUUGCUUAAUUAAGCUAAAACUAAUUUUAAAUUUAAUUUUCUGGUUAUAUUUAAUGGGUCACCUAAACUUAUAAGAUUUUAUUAAUGGGGAAUAUAUAUGUACAUUCUUUUUAAAAACUGUAUUUUCAUGGUUUCAUACCUACUAAAUUUAUUUCCUAAGAAGGUCUAUGAACAAAGGAUAAUUUUAAAAACUAUAAAAAGCUUCAUAAAUGAUCCAUGGUUAGUUUUUUGUUUGUAUGUAAUCAGUCUGAGACCCAGAUACAUAAUGUAGCUUGCCCAGGGCUCAUAACAGCUACAAGAAGUUUUUCCAGCACUCUUCAUUAUUAAUAUAAACCAAUGUCAUUGCUCAAAAACGUUACAGGUAGGGCAAAGUAAAGAGGAAAAAAAAAUCUUCAAAACUUUUGUUUUUAGAACAUUGAUUAUUUAGAAAUAUUUAAAUUUUUGCUAUCUUUCAUGCUUAAAUAAAAUUAGCUCUAUAAACAAUAAUAUCUGCAGAAAAAGCAAAGAGAUUACCUGAAAACAGCAUGAUUAUUGCACAAUGAAAUAGCCUAGCAUCACUCGGCAAACAGAGUGGCAGGGAAAUAAAGUCUCUUUGGAGCAACUUGUAGAAGAGUCUCUUCCAUUUACUUUAUAAUUAUAUUGAAGUUAAAAAGAAGGUUGGCCUACAAGUUGCACAGAGAUUUAGACCAUAUAUUACUGUGAACGUUGGCUGUUUUCUAUGUUGUGCAGUUUUAAAGGCUGCAGGGGAAGGAACAAAUAUUUCUAACCUUCCCAGCAUAACUCUAUAAUGAAACUAACUCAUAACUUGAUGCUGCAUUGGUGCUUAGAAUCAUCCUAAUAAAUAUAAGGGGGGGGGAAGGGAGAGGAAAAUAAAUUCCAACAAUCAAAUAACAGGAUCAUUUAUUUUUAAUUUGAUGGGAAAUUAGGACCAUAGUAUGAGUUGCUUUAUUAAACCUCAGAAUAUCUUCCCAUACCCAUGUUUUUUUUUUUUUUUUUUUUACUAUUUGCAAAAUAAUGAUCAUAUAUAAUCAAAACCCUCA